CAUAAUCCACCUCGUCUGUCCAUGGAAAGAACGUUCGGAGGCACGGACGAAGCUCAACAUGGUUGUUGCUGUUUCGAGACCCCGCCCCCACCCAAGCUUGUGUGGGUAAGCGUGUGACGCAGCUCAUAAACACCCAGCUGGCGCAGCACUUUCACUGACAUACCCAAAAUACACACCCUCCUCACUUAUACACAAUGUCUCUCACGAACCUCGAUCUCAUAAACCAAUGCGACGGCUUCCCGUAUCCCGACGUCAACUCAGAAACAUACGUCGCGUCCAUCAAUACGUAUUACCAAUUGCGCGUCUCAGGCCACAACUAUGCGCUGGGUUAUAUGCUCCCAUCAGUCGUCGAGGUUUUCCGCGGAGUGCCUGGCUGGGAAAUCGAUGACGAUGCUCGCAUUCUUCACCUUGCAGCCGGAUCCAACGCAGACGAGCGAUCGAAAGUGGUAGAAACCACGCUGUUGGCUAUGCGACAGACAGGCCACUUCAAAGUGUUGGACAAGUGGCGGAAUGAACUGUAUGCUGUGUAUGGGCUGGGGAAGGAGCUGUUGUUCAAUGUGGAAAGGAGUGCUAGUUGCCUGUUUGGCGUCGUUACCUAUGGUGUGCAUCUUACGGCAUUUACAAGGAAAGACGGGGACUUAAAGAUCUGGACGCCGAGAAGGGCCCGAACAAAGCAAACGUACGGAGGCAUGCUUGAUAAUGCGGUCGCAGGCGGCAUCGCAUCAGGUGAGUCGCCGUUUGAGAGCCUCGUGAGGGAAUGUGGAGAGGAAGCUUCGCUUGAUGAAGAGUUCGUACGGGCGAAUGCGAAGGCGUGCGGCACAGUCACAUACUGGUAUAUCCGAGACGAGAGGGCUGGAGGAGAGACGAACCUGAUGCAGCCCGAAGUUCAAUAUGUCUACGAUCUCGAGCUCCCCGAAAACGCAAUCCCGAAGCCAGGCGAUGACGAGGUCGAAGAGUUUUACUUGUGGAGUGUGGAGGAGGUGCAAGAAGGGAUGAGGAAGGGCGAGUUCAAGCCGAACUGCGCGUUGGUGGUGCUCGACUUUCUGGUACGCCACGGUAUUCUGACGACAGAGAAUGAGCGCGACUACAUUGAAAUUGUGAGUCGACUGCACAGGAAGCUAGAGUUCCCUACACUGUGAAGAAGAGAACAGAAACGUGAUAUUCCCGCGCAAGAGCGACAAGUAAAUCUAUCAAGUCCUUUGGGGGUAUACAGACGCCGUGCCGAAACUUUUAGACCAGAUGAUACCAAUACCAAGACAAUGCUACC